AAAAUAUGGAAAAUCUAAAGACUAAAUUUGAAGCAAAUUCCAGAUCUAAGAAAAAUCUGCUCCAAAUGAGAAUCUCAGCUUUGAAGAGAAGAGUUGAUGGAAAAAGCAAGUUCUUUAAAGUAAGCAGAGGAAGAAGGCUUAAGAGCCCAAAUUUCACAAACCAGUCCUUCUUUAGUAGGAGGAAAGGAGGAGUUAAGAUUUGUAGAAAGCAAGAUUGAUUUUCUCUAACCCAAAGAUUAAGAGGAGUAAAGAGAGUGCUACAAAGGAGUAGCAAGUGUACUAGAGCAAUCGCUAAGAGUCCUAUUCCUAGAUGAAAUCCCAGGAUGUUGCUAAACCACUCUGGUCUAGACUUCAAUCACCAAAACAAAAGGUACAUGGACAUCAUAAAGAAGGCUCAGGAUGCUUUGAGUACAAGUUCUAGAGGAUUUGACUCUCCCACCGUCCUUCAGAAGUUCCUUUCCGAUCGUGAGUCUCUCAAUCAUAAAGAUAAAGAUAGCGAUCAAUCGUUCACAUCAGUGUGCCAAGAUUCUUGCAACUCUUUUGAUAGCAAGAAGGACUUCGAAGUUGAGAGAAUGAAGAGCCUGAACUUGGUAGUGAGGCCAAGUACAUUUAGUAAACUAAAUAUGAGCCAGGCUAAUUAAAUUUAAGUGUGAAAGCCAAGCACUUUCAUAAGAAUCUACA